AUGGCGUACCAAGUACCACCAUUUGACGAUGGCAAGGACAAGUGGACGUCGUACGUCAUUCGCAUCGAGUCCUACUUCGAAGGGAACAACAUCACGGAAGACGCACAGAAGAGAGCGCUUCUUGUCUCGGCUCUCGGAUCACGGUCCAUUGACGUCCUCAGUGGGCGGUGCGCUCCUCGUAAGGUAAACCAGCUCACCUACAAGGAAGCGGUGGAAAUUUUGCAAAGCUUCUAUGAUCCCCAGCCGAACGAAAUUGCAGAGAGCUUCAGAUUUUUCACUCGUGUCCAAAAUGAAGACGAAUCUGCCCAGCAGUUUAUCGUCGAGCUCCGUCGACUUGCCGACAAGUGCAACUUUGGCGACAUGUUGGACCGAAUGCUGCGGGACAAGAUUGUAUGCGGAAUCCGAAGCACAGAGCUACAGAAAGCACUACUUUGUCGUUCAGGAUUGACCUUGAAGGAAGCCGAGAGCAUGGUGCUCGCAUCAGAGGCGGCGGGUCAAGGCAUCAGGCUUAUGAAGAACGUCGACGUGAAGACUGAACCAGAACUACAUAGGCACCGCGAACAGUGGCCCAAAAUCAAGAAGACAGACUUGAAGUUGUCCUGCUACCUGGGACCGCUGCCUAUCGUUGGUAAGCUCACGCUGCCAAUUUCCUACGAGGGCAAGACACUGACUGCCUCCAUGACCGUAGUUCGUCAUUCAGGGCCUUGUUUAUGUGGUCGCGACCUUAUUCGAGCCCUGAACAACCUGGGUGCUCCUGUUCUAAGCCUGAGCAGUGCCAGCAGACGAGAUGACAAAGAGUUGGAAGCAAUUUUGUCUGAGUAUGAAGACGUCUUUGAGCAAGAACUGGGCCUGUUCAAGGUUCCGCCUGUUCACCUCUACGUGAAAGGAGAAGCAGUUCCAAAAUUUUUCAAGGCGAGACCUCUGUCGUAUGCAUUGCGAGACAAGGUUACGGAAGAGCUGGAAAGGCUAGUGAAGUCUGGCGUGCUUUCUCCUGUCGCUCACUCUGAAUGGGCUACGCCAAUUGUGCCGGUGCUGAAGAAAGACGGAUCUGUCAGGAUCUGCGGCGACUACAAGGUCACCGUAAAUGCAGCAUGCGUCACUGAACACUAUCCGCUUCCAGUCAUCGAUGACAUUUUUGCAGCACUGCACAAGGGAGACGUCUAUAGCACCUUAGACUUACGGGACGCCUACAACCAGAUUCCAUUGGAUGACGAGUCAAAGAAGUUGACCACCAUCAGUACCCACAAAGGCUUGUUUUGCUUCAACCGCUUACCUUUUGGGGUGUCGUCCGCACCGGCUAUCUUUCAGCGCACUAUGGAAAAUUUGCUUGGUGGUCUAAGUGGCGUACAAGCAUAUUUAGACGACGUCCUGGUGGCAGAAGGGAAAGCAGACAGCGGAAGCAAUCUCAAAGCUGUGCUCCAGCGCUUCCGUGAAUGUGGCGUAAAAAUACGGAAGGAUAAAUGUUCCUUCAGAAAGACGGAAGUAUCGUAUCUGGGACACAAAAUCACAAGUGACGGACUUCAUCCACUGGAGAAGAACAUGGAAGCUGUGAUGAAAGCACCAAGUCCAAGGAACGUGAGUGAACUACGUUCUUACAUUGGUCUGCUCACUUAUUACAGCAAGUUCCUCCCGUGCAUGGCAACAACGCUUGCUCCAUUAUACGACCUUCUGAAGAAGGAUUGCCGGUGGAAGUGGACUUCAAGUCAGCAACAUGCAUUUGAACAAUCUAAGGAAGCCCUCCGGCAUGCCAAAAUGCUCAUGCACUUUGACCCAACCCAGCCGUUGCGGCUCGAGUGUGACGCCUCUCCGCAUGGCAUAGGAGCUGUUCUUUCCCAUCGUGUUGACGGCGUCGACAAGCCGGAAGACACGCCAUGCAGAUUUGGUCCAGGCGACGCAGUUUGGGCCCGGAACUUCGGAGAUGGGGAGAGGUGGCUACCUGGCACAAUCAAACAACUGAACGGCGCCCGUAUGAUGACCAUCGAGACAUCAGCCGGGCUACUUGAGCGCCACAUGGACCAGAGCAGCGACGUCGGAACUUUGCCGAGAGAGGUGAUGCUGGACUCGCUCACGGAACGCUUCCACGUGGACGCCAUCGGCGAGUUUGACCGCCCGGAGGCCCUCGAGGGCUUGGCGUCGCCGCUGUAG